AUACACACACACACAGAACAAUCAAUGUCUUGCAGAAAUGUCUUCAUUAGGAGUUCGUAUUUUACCUUUUCUGGAAAAGUGUAUUUCAAAUGUUUGUAGAUUAAUCUAUUUGGCUGCAUUUUCUGAGAUUUAAAACAACUGACCUGUUGAUUUGAUCUCACACGAGGUACAAGGAGUAACCAGGUACAGGAUAUCUUCUGCCCAAGACUCUCUGUCAUUGUUGAAGGACUGCCUUGAGAGUUUUAAAUCUUUCAACAACGGCCUUACAUAUAUGUGAAGUAACGUCAUUAAGUUAAGCGCUCAGAGCUGACUCCGUUGGUAAUAAUGGUUACAGUAAAAACAUGAGUCUAGCCAAUAACUCUGGAACUAAAAGCGCCUUGAGCAGCGAAGACUUCCAGAAAGUAGGUCAUGAUCAUCGCCCACAGAAAGAAGAACCGGAAGCCCAUUUCACGUUUCUGCUACUCUUCGAUAAAGUUUCGGGGUCUCCCAACGUCCACUACCACAUGGUGGACCCGACCAGUCCGCAGAAGAUCUUCCCAAAAGAGAAUACGUUUACUGCCAAACAGGUCAAAGAUAUCUGCGGCUAUAAGCCAGUCGUCUUCCAGGGAUGCCUCUACGUCAUCGGUGGUAAAGACUGGAACACGGGCGUUCUCAGCGCUAGAGUCAACAAGUAUGACCCCCGUCUGAAUGAAUGGAAGACUGUGAAGGAUCUGAACAACGCAAGGUAUGGAUGCACCGCAGAAGUUCUAGGAGGAUACCUGUAUGUCAUAGGUGGUAUGGUCACUGGCAAGAGAGUGUCCGACUCUGUGGAGAGGUACGACCAACCAUCUGACCUGUGGACAGAGGUGGCUCCGCUGCCCUCCCCUCGCAUCGACCACGCCAGCUGCGUCAUCAACGGGGCAAUCUACGUCAGUGGAGGGACCUUUGACCUCGAUUACCCAGGAUCCAACUCUUUCUGGUGCUACGAUCCUGGAGAGAACGCAUGGAAGGAUGUCGAUGACGGUGAAACCUACCUGCCCCACGAGAGAUCUAGUCACGUGAUGUGUCCUCUUGACAACAACAAGAUCAUCAUUCUAGGAGGUCAAGUGUUUGACCAAGACGCCUACUGCGAGAUGGAUGAGCCAAACAUCUACCAGUACAACCUUCCCGACAGCCACGUGACCCAGGAGAUCAGGAAGACCUGGUACAUGGACCUCCCGAGAAUGGCUAUCCCAAGAUGCAACUCAUGCAUUGUUUUGAUUGGAACCAACCUCUGGAUGAUCGGGGGCUUCAGUUACAACAAGAGAACCCCCAUUAAGACGGCCAGCUACUACGACACUGUCAAGAAGAGGUGGAAGAACGCCUUCCAGCUACCGGACCAUCACUACGACAAUAUGGAAGGGGUGAUGCUGGUGGUCCCCGCCUCCAACGGGAAUUUCCGAUUUCAAGACCGGUUUAUUUAUAGCCAAUGGCUCAUGUGGUGAGGCCGACUGUGUGCGCCAACUUUGUUAUGAAGAAAAUGUUCUGGCAAAUGAAUAAUGAAGACUCCUGGGGGAGGGAGUCCAAACAUUUUUAUUUCCCAUCCCCCCUCAACAUUGAUAUAAAUACAACUUAAUAAGAGGACGAUUAUAACAGUCUGUGUCUGCAACAUUCUUAGUGGAUUAAAAAUGUUGGUAAAGGAAAGGCAACUCUUACCAUGGACAUUGAUGGCUGCUACUGACCCAGCAGAGGGGCUUAACCAACUCUAGAACUUGUGAUGCCAAGGGAAAAAAAUGAUUAUGGUGUCAUGUAUUCAUUUGUUCUAGGUCUCGUGUAAAUAAACAUAAACCAGAAGUUUCUAUUUCACAUUUAUCUAGUUCAAAUUUAGGCUCUGGGGUUUGUACACAUUAUAAAAGUACACCACUCAGAAGUCGAGUACUGUCUGUUUGAUUGCUAUGAACGGUGUAUGUUAACUUAACACGUUUAUUUUUGAGUGAUUUGAAGGUGUUUUAUUCUUGGUGGAUUUCUUCAUGAAAGAAAUUCGGAAUUUCUAUUUGAGAUUUUCAUAAAUUAGCGGUAAAACUAUUAAUAGCUAGAUUUUGGGUGUAUCCGCUGUACAAAAUAAAUGUAGUGUUGAUCAGAAAAUAUUGUUUGGUCUAGGAACAUUGUGUGCACUUUUAGCACGACAGAAUCCAAGGUCUAGGAACAUUGUGUGCACUUUUAGCACGACAGAAUCCAAGGUCUAGGAACAUUGUGUGUACUUUUAGCACGACAGAAUCCAAGGUCUAGGAACAUUGUGUGCACUUUUAGCACGACAGAAUCCAAGGUCUAGGAACA